AUGUCCCUCGUCGCCGCGCUCGCCCGCCUUUCGGCCACUGUGGCCCACCCCGUGACUGACAAGCCCGCGUCAGUCGAGGCUCUCAACCCCUACCUCCCCCUCGCCUCGGGCACCUCGCUCCUCACCUCGCCCGUCUUCCUCCCCUCGCUCCCCCAGCCCGCCGGCAACGCCGUCGUUCACGUCCUCGGCGCUACCAGCGCCGCCGCUCCUCGCGCGGCCAAGAACGUGACCCUCAUCUCGCGUUCCGCUCAGGAGGCCUACGACCGUGCUCUCCUUGCCCUCCGCCUGGCCAAGGACGUCGGUGCCGUCGUCUACCACUUCAUCGCCCCCGCUGCUCUCGAGGGCGAGGUCGCCGAGGUCGACGCUGAGGCUUACCUUGCCGCUCCCGCCAACUCGCCCGAGGGCGAGUUUGACGAGGCUCUUGUCAAGGCCUUUGACGCCGAGUCGCUUGCCAUCCUCAAGCUCACCCGCCGUGCCCAGCGUGCUCUCACCCAGACCGGCGAGGCUUCGGGCCGUGUUGUGAUCAACUUCCUCCCCACCGAGCUCUCGGUCGGUGCCGUUGUCGAUGUUGCCCUUGCCUCGCCCCUCGCUCGCGAGAAGAUUCGUGCCCUUAAGGCCAGCGAGUUUGUCGUUGUCGAGGCCGGUGCCGGCAAGUACGGCCCUGCUUGGGCUGCUGUCGUUGAUGCCCUUGAGGGCCUCGACGUUGCCGUCCGCUCGGUUCUUGUUGCCUCGGCCAGCGCCGUCAGCGAGCUCGACUCGGCUCUUGCCUCGGGUGCCCCCCUCGUUCGCGUGGGCAGCCCCGCUCCCGUUGCCGAGAUCCCUUCGACCUCGAUCGCGGUCCCCACCGCCGAGUCGGCCUACACCACUCUCCUCGAGUCGUCGCCUCACCCUCUCGAGGUCCUCAACGACCCUGCCCACCUUGCUGCUAACGAGACCACCUCGCCCCUUUACGCCUUUGGUAAGGCCGUUGCUGUCCGCCAGGAGCGCGAGCACCUUGUCGAGCUCGUCAAGAAGGUCCUGAAGGCCUCGGAGACCCGCCCCGAGGUUCACGCCGCUCUCGGCGACUGGCUCCUCGUCAAGGAGGACAAGAAGUCGGCUGCUGCCGGCGACAAGGCCGCUGCCGCUCUCGGCCAGGGUGCCAACGCCGACGAGGCUGAGAUCGUUGCCCUCGGCGCCAAGGGUCACUGGACCAAGCGUGCCCUCUGGAUUGUCAUUUCCAACGCGUGGGCCGCUGACCUCGCUUCGUCGGGUCUCCACCACGCCCUCGUCUCUGGCCUGGACAUCAACCUCCUCGUCUACGAGACCCAGCCCUCGCCCUUCUCGCCCCUUGCCAACAAGCAGCGCGAGCGCAAGAAGGACCUUGCCCUCUACGCCCUCAACCUCGGCGAUGUCUACGUCUCGUCGGUCGCUGUCUACGCCGACUACGCCAACGUUAUCAACGCCAUGCGUGAGGCCGAGAACUUUGAGGGCCCUUCGCUCGUCCUCGCUUACCUCCCCUGGGGUGAGAAGGCGGACGGUGCCUCCGUUGGUGGUGACGAGAAGGCCGGCGCUCUCGAGCGUCUCCGCGAGACCAAGCGCGCCGUCUCGGGUGGUUGGUGGCCUCUGUUCCGUUGGAACCCCCUCCUCGCCGACGACAAGCGCUUCUCGCUUGACGCUCCUCACAUCAAGAACGCUCUCUCCGAGUUCCUUGACCGCCAGAGCCACCUUUCGCAGCUCACCAAGGCCCAGCCCGCUAUUGACCCCAAGGUCACCCAGUCCAAGGGCCAGGACCUCGUCGCUGCCCGCAAGCAGAAGGCUCGUGAGGCCUACGACCGUCUCAUCAACUCGAUCGACGGCCCCGGCCUUCUUGUCCUCUUCGCUUCGGACGGUGGUAACGCCGAGAAGCUUGCCAAGCGCCUCGUCUCGCGCGCCAAGAUGCGUGGUGUCGCUGCCUCGAUCCGUGUCCUCGACUCGAUCGCCAAGGACAUUGUCGAGACCCUCUCCGAGGAGAAGAACGUUGUCGUGAUCACCUCGACCGCCGGUCAGGGUGAACCUCCCCUCAACGGUCGUGAGUUCUUCAAGGCUGUUGGCGCCAUCGACGCCGCUGCCGCCGCCCCCAAGCUCGCCGAGACCCGCGUCGCCGUCUUUGGUAUGGGUGACUCGAAGUACUGGCCCCGCAAGGAGGACUACGUCUACUACAACAAGCCCGGAAAGGACAUUUACCCCAAGAUCAUGGCUCUCGGCACCCAGGAGCUCGUCCCCAUUGGUCUCGGUGACGACUCGGACCCGGACGGAAAGGAGACUGGCUACAAGCCCUUCGAGGCCAGCCUGUGGAAGGCCCUUGGUGUCGACGCCGUCGAGGUCGCCGAGGUUGUCGAGGAGACUGUCGCCAACGAGCACAUCAAGAUCGCCUCCAACUACCUCCGUGGUACCAUCCUCGAGGGUCUUGCCGACGAGUCGACUGGCGCCAUUGGUGCCUCGGACGCUCAGCUCACCAAGUUCCACGGCACCUACAUGCAGGACGACCGUGACAUUCGCGAGUCGCUCCAGGCCCAGGGUCUCGAGCCCGCCUACUCGUUCAUGAUCCGUGUCCGUAUGCCUGGUGGUGUCUGCACCCCCGAGCAGUGGCUCCACAUGCACCGCAUCGCCGACGAGCACGGCAACGGUACCUUCAAGCUCACCACUCGCCAGACCUUCCAGUUCCACGGUAUUGUCAAGAAGCACCUCAAGCCCGCCAUGCAGGCCAUCAACCGUUCGCUCCUCGACACCAUUGCCGCCUGUGGUGACGUUAACCGUAACGUUCUCUGCUCGGUCAACCCCGGCUCGUCGCCCGUCCACCAGACUGUCUACAACUUCUCCAAGGCCAUCUCGGAGCACCUGCUGCCCAGCACCUCGGCCUACCACGAGAUCUGGCUCGACAAGAAGCCCGUCUUCACCGACGCCGUUCAGGACCUUGAGCCCCUCUACGGCCCUUACUACCUGCCCCGCAAGUUCAAGGUUGCCGUCGCUGUCCCUCCCGACAACGCCGUUGAUGUCUUCACCAACGACGUCGGCUUCAUUGCCAUUGUCGAGAAUAACGAGGUCGUUGGUUACAACGUCUCGGUUGGUGGUGGUAUGGGUGUCACCCACUCGAACAAGAAGACCUACCCCCGUCUCGGUGACGUUAUCGGUUUCGUUACCCCGGAGGACGGCUGCCUUGCCGCCGAGGCCAUCAUGCUUACCCAGCGUGACUUUGGUAACCGUCAGGACCGCAAGAACGCGCGUCUCAAGUACACUGUCGACCGCCUUGGCCUUGCCAAGUUCAAGGAGGAGACUGAGAAGCGCAUGAAGAAGCCCUUCCAGCCCGCUCGUGCCUACACCUUUGACUCGAACCUCGACGUCUACGGCUGGCAGAAGGGCCACGACGGCAAGAACCACUUCACGCUCUUCAUCGAGAACGGUCGUGUCGAGGACUCGCCCCGCCACCAGUUCAAGACUGGUCUCAAGGAGGUCGCCGAGGCCCACAAGGGUACCUUCCGCCUCACUGCCAACCAGCACGUCAUCCUUUCCGAGGUUGCCGACGAGGACCUCCCCGAGAUGAAGCGUCUCCUCGCCAAGUGGGGUCUUGACAACGUCAACCACUCGGGUCUCCGUCUUUCGUCGUCGGCCUGUGUCGCCUUCCCCACCUGUGGUCUCGCCAUGGCCGAGUCGGAGCGUUACCUCCCCGUCCUCAUCGACAAGGUUGAGAAGAUCUGCGAGGAGGCCGGUGUCGGCCGUGACGCCCUCGUCAUGCGCAUGUCGGGUUGCCCCAACGGUUGCUCGCGUCCUUGGGCCGCCGAGGUCGCCUUCGUCGGCAAGGCCCCCGGCUCGUACAUGAUGAUGCUUGGUGGUUCGCACGUUGGCCAGCGUCUCAACAAGCCCUUCCGCGAGAGCGUCACCGAGCCCGAGAUUCUCGAGAUUCUCGAGACCCUCAUCAAGCGCUGGGCCACCGAGCGCAACGACGGCGAGCGCUUCGGCGACUGGAGCGUCCGCGCCGGCGUCGUCAAGCCGACCCUCUCGGGCAAGACAUUCUGGGAUGACAGCAGCGCCUCAGCUUAA